AUGAACUUGCCAGGAGUACCUGAUUACCUUCAGUGUUUGUUGAUGGUGAUCAAUGUUGGUUCAGUGAAGUCUGAUAGUAGCGAACAAAAGAAAUUUAAGAGAGCCACAGAAGAAAGUUUAUAUGAGACUUCUGAAGCUCAGUUUUCUGUUCUCGAAAGAGCAAAUGAGGUUGCAGCAAACCUAGAUCCUCAGUUUCCUAGCAUGGUCAAAGUUAUGUUGCCAUCACAUGUCUCAGGAGGAUUCUGGCUUGGUCUUUUUAAAACAUUCUGCAUUAAGCAUUUGCCAAAGCAAGACACAAUGUUUGUUUUAGAAGAUGAAAAUGGCGAGAAGUUCGAAACGAAGUAUCUUGUCAAAAAGAGUAGUCAAAAGGAGAUUGAAUCCUUAAUCUAG